AUGCCACUGAAGUGGAAUCCUGUUGCCAGAAUGGAUCUGACAGCUCAGGACAGCACUGACGUCACGGCUUCUGUGUGCUUCCAGACCCGACCAACGACGUCAUUCACUAGUUAUUCUAUAGACAGCAUUCUGGCCCGUUCCUCUAUGGGAUGUAAGGGAAAUAAUCACUGUCAUGGAACAGCAAUGGGAGAUGUGUCUGUCAGCAGAAUCGGUUUGAUGCGGGCAUCAGUGGCUUGUGAAGACUCAAGUGUGGAAGUACAAGAUGGCCACCUGGGACUGUCUCCUAAUUCAUCGUUGGUUCUAUGUAAGGCAGGUCCUAUGAAAGCAGCCAAAGACGUCGUCUCGGGUGACAGCAGGCAGGAAUCAGGCACCAGACUUCAAGAAGACCCCGAUAAAGAUGGCGCCCUUGGUUGUGUGUGUGGUCAGCUGGACACUUUGAUAUCAGCACCCAGGCUGGAUGAGCUCGAGUCUGCAAGAAACGCACGGCUUCGUCCAAUGGCUGACCGGGUGAAAGGUCAUCUUCUGGGUAACAUUGAACCUUCAGGCUACGACGUGGUCUCACGAGAACGGACUAGACAAUGCCUGUCUGACCAUGAUGCUUUCAGUCUGAGAGACAGGACUGACUCACAGCUGGCACCACACCCACAACCCCACGGUACAACACAAUCCCAACCACACAGUGGGACACACACACAACCACACGAUGAAACACACUCACAACCACACACAGAGCGAAAUGAUGAAUGCAACCAACAUUGCCCGCCUGCUGCUCACACGCCCCGGAGUUGGUACUCAGAAUGUUCCAGACACGGUAUUGCCUCAACUCAAGAGCUGUGUGGUAACAGAAGAAGCCAAUCAUCGCGUCCUCUCAGUGUCCUUCAUGCAGAGUUGAUGAGCGUUACUUGGACUGCCACAGACACUGACGCCGAGAAAGGACAGGACUCUGGGGGACGCGAGGACAUUAGUGUCUGUGACACGGACACCCAAGAGUCCGCAUCGUUGAAGAUGCCUGAUUGUGGUAAAAUGAAAGACAUUUCCGUUGGCAUUCUGCGUAUUGACAGCAGAGAAAGAGUCUGCAAUGCUGGGAUGGGUGCAGAGGCAGGCAUGUCCCCAGAGGAAUCGGAUAUGGCAGAGAUUUCUCACAAACAAGAACUGACUUGUCCAUACACUUACCCACUGAAUAGGUUAAAACAGAUAAGUGAGACUUGCCAACAGCACGAGACACAUCGUGAACAGAUGAGUGAUGAGAUAUACAGACAGCAUGAGACAGAUUAUGAACGGAUGAGUGAUGGGGUAUGCAGACAGCAUGAGACAGAUUAUAAACAGAUUUGUGAUGGGACAUGCAGACAGCAUGAGACAUAUUAUGAACAUAUGAAUGAUGGGACAUGCAGACAGCAUAAGCCAAAUCGUAAACAGAGGAGUGAUGAGACAUGCAGACAGCAUGAGACACAUCAUAAACAGAUGAGUGAUGGGACAUGUAGACAGGAUGAGACAGAUUAUGAACAGAUGAGUGAUCAUACUUGCAGACAGCAUGAGACACAUCAUGAACAGAUGAGUGAUGGGACAUGCAGACAGCAUGAGACACAUCGUGAACAGAUGAUUGAUGGGACAUGCAGACAGCAUGAGACAGAUUAUAAAAGCAUGAACGAGCAGGCAUGCAGACAGCAUGAGACAGAUCAUGAACAGAUGAGUGAUGGGACAUGCAGACAGCAUGAGACACAUCGUGAACAGAUGAUUGAUGGGACAUGCGGACAGUGUGAAAACAACAGAAUCGUACCGGAAACGAUAGAGAUGAGGUCAUUACAAGAGCUGGCGGAAACCAAUCCGGUGAUGAAAAAGCGUCGGGUCCGGACCACGUUCACGGCCGAGCAGCUUCGAGCCCUGGAGGAAGUGUUCGCAAUCACACAUUACCCUGACGGCAAUACUCGCGAGAACUUGGUAGCUAGCAUUGGUCUGUCCGAGGAGAGAGUGCAGAUUUGGUUCCAAAACCGUCGAGCCAAAUGGCGGAAACAUUCGCGCGUGCGGAACUUUGGCGGGCUGCAGGACAUGACGGAGGUUUCCUACCUGCCCGCCCCAAGGUCGGGUCAUAAGUUGGAGGUCAUUGUCCAGGUAAACAGGCAAAUACUGACAUGA